UGCGCGUGCGCGGCGCCCCUCACUCGGUGCUGCGGGCUCUCCGCGCGUGCGGGCUGCGCUCGCUCCCUCCCUCCCCUUCUCCUCAGCGCUUUCGCCACCAUUUUGUGUUGCGACCGCACUUCGCGCCGUUGUUUUCACCCCGUCGUUCUCAGUCGAAACAACGGCUCUAUGGCGGAGAGUCACUCAGCUACUGGGCAGGGUGAAUACGUGUCCCUGAGCGGGUGCGGAACGCCGAGCUCCGAGCCCGAAACCCGUCGGCUGAGCGAGCUGCGCGUGAUCGAUCUGCGGGCGGAGCUGAAGCGCCGCAGUUUGGAUAGCGGUGGGAACAAGAGCGUCCUGACGGAGCGGCUGAGGAAGGCCAUCGAGGAGGAAGGGGGGAAUCCUGACGAAAUACCCGUGAUCUCUGAAAGCACAAUGAAGAGAACCCCAAAAAGAAGCAGCAAAGGACGUAGACCAGAUGAAGAGGGAGCUGAAGACAACGGCCUGGAGGAGGAUUCUGGAGACGGGCAGGAGGACAUUGAAACAAGUUUGGAUAACUUGCAAGACAUUGACAUGAUGGAUAUUAGCGUGUUGGAUGAAGCUGAAAUAGACAACAGCAAUGCUGGAGAUUGCGGAGAGGAUUACAGUGCUGAUCACAUUCUUGACUCGCUGUCUGAUAGUAGAGAAAAUGCUGAUGCAGAAAUGAAAGAACUUCCAGAUCAGCCUCCAGACUAUGAUGUAGGAGACUUGGAGGCGUCCCCACAAUUGUCAGAAAUUAAAGAAGAGUCGAGAGAAAUAUCAGUAAUGAUGGUGGAGGUGGAAGAUGUUGGAAACAGUUUUGAUGCAGCUUCGUCUGAAUUAAUUGAAAUAAAGGAAAUUGAAGAACUGCCUUUGGAGCCAGGUACUGUUUAUAAAAAUAUUAAUUUAAAAAAAAAAAAAAAAACAAACCACAAAAGCAAAAAACAAAACAACCAAAAUCCAGGGCUUUAAAACAGUUAAAUUCCUCAUUUAAUCUUUUUUAUAUCCCUGUUUCCUUUUAAAUUCAUUACUGUAGUGUACGUUGUUAUGAUGGAGAAUCCAGGUCAUGCAGGGUCAUAGAGAUUGGAAACCCAGUCAUAUCACCAGAUCUGUGGAUGAGAACUGUUUGAAAUGUGUAUUUAACGUGGCGAAAUUGUUCUGUGCAACUGCAGAGGAGCUAAAGAGUGAGCCUUAAAGGCACAAAGGUUCUGAGCCUAAAACAGAUCUUGUGAUAUCACGCUGUACUCUAGUUCUGGGAGUGUGAAUACAGGAGCGCAGGGCAUAGCGAGCUGUGCUGCAGAACAGAAGGUAAAGAGUGGCUGGACUUCAAAGGAGCACAGUGCUGUCAUGGGACGUCCCACGGAUCACGUUUGGUUUCUGGACUGCAAACACAGCCAUCUGCCGUCAGAAUAUCUGCUGUCAGAAGAAGGCCAGGUUUCAUGUUGGACUGUCUGCUAAAAGAAUGCUGCCGAAAACUGAAAAUUGAACUCUCAGUGCUUUGCUGUGUUGAGAUCUUGGACUGUGGAAGCCAACUAGAGAAGAAACAGAGCGGAACGGUUCCACGAAGAGGAUCAAGGAUGAGCCAGAAGGUUUUGUUAAAUCUGG